AUGAAGCAUCCCACCAAGCCAUGGGAAUGUGAGCCACAACAUCACAAGAGUCCUCAGAAGAAAGCAGGAGCAGGAAAUACCUUAAGGAUCAGAAGAAAGAAGCUUGCAAAGAAGAAACAUAUGAUUGAUUGUGAACAGCAGCCCAGAGACAACGUGGAGCAGACUGUGGCUCAGACACCACUCAAGCAUGGGUUGAGUCAAAGAUCAGAAGGAGGCCAAGCCGGGGAAGGCAGACGCACGCACGGCAGGCUGGCUCCAGCUGGAGUAAGAAUGGACCGGCCGUUGCCCUGGUGGCUUUUCCUAGCCUCUUCGGGCAUUCUCCAAAGUGUGUCUCUGGAACAGGGGGCCGUGCCCUCCUGUCCAUCUCUGUGCCACUGUGAGGAAGAUGGCAUCAUGCUGUCUGUGGACUGCUCCGAACUGGCUCUUUCUUCUGUUCCUGAUGGCCUGAGUCCCUUAACAGCCUACCUGGAUCUGAGCAUGAACAACAUCAGUGAGCUGCUCCCUGGUGAACUCCACCACCUGCGCUUUCUAGAAGAACUGCGCCUAUCUGGAAAUCAACUCUCUAAGAUCCCGGGGGAAGCAUUUUCUGGCCUCUACAAUUUAAAGAUUUUGAUGUUACAGAACAAUCAACUCAGUCGGAUCCCAGCAGAGGCUCUGUGGGAUCUUCCAAACCUUCAGUCACUGCGUCUGGAUGCAAAUUUGAUCUCUGUGGUACCAGAGAAGUGCUUUGAGGGGCUGCCCUCCUUACGCCACCUUUGGCUGGAUGACAAUGCCCUGAAAGAGAUCCCUGUCAAAGCACUCAAUAACCUGCCAGCACUUCAGGCCAUGACACUGGCACUCAAUCAGAUCUGGCAUAUUCCUGACUACGCCUUCCAGAACCUCACCAGCCUUGUGGUACUACACCUCCAUAAUAACCAGAUCCAGAACCUGGGCAUACAUGGCUUUGAAGGACUCCACAGUCUGGAAACUCUGGACCUGAACUAUAAUGAGCUGGUGGAAUUUCCAGUGGCCAUUAGGACGCUCGGCCGGCUUCAAGAGCUGGGUUUCCAUAACAACAACAUCAAGGCGAUUCCAGAGAAAGCAUUUGCUGGGAAUCCAUUACUCCAGAUUAUGACUUUGACCCGGGCUGGGAUCCAUUUGCUUCCUGGUGGGAUGUGCCAGCAGCUGCCCAGCCUGCGCAUCCUUGAGCUCUCACACAAUCAAAUUGAGGAGCUGCCCAGUUUCCAUUACUGCCAGAGGCUGGAAGAAAUUGGCCUUCAGCACAACUGCAUCCACGAAAUUGGAGCAGACACUUUCAGGCAGCUCACGGCCUUGCGCUCCAUAGACCUGAGUUGGAAUUACAUCCAGUCUAUCCACUCUGAGGCCUUUGUGACCCUCCACUCUCUUGUCAAGCUGGAUUUGACAGACAAUCAGCUGGUGACGCUGCCGUUGGCUGGUCUGGCUGGACUGACUCAUCUGAAACUGAAAGGCAACCCUGCACUCUCCGAAUCCUUCACUAAAGAAAACUUUCCCAAGAUGAGGGUCCUGGAGGUGCCCUAUGCCUACCAGUGCUGUGCCUAUGGAGCAUGUGGCAAUUUCUUCAAAGAUUCCAGCCCGUGGGAUUCUGAGGAUAUGAGUCCUGAGGAUGAGGAUGGCCACAAGAGGACCUUGGGACUGUUUCCAGGCCACACUGAUAAUCACUAUGACCUGGAUAUGGACGACUUCCAGUUGGAGCUUGAGGAUUCAAAGCUACACCCCAACAUCCAGUGCACACCAAGCCCUGGUCCUUUCAAGCCCUGCGAUCACCUGUUUGAGAGCUGGGUCAUCCGCCUGGGUGUCUGGCUGAUCACCUUGGUCUCCAUCCUGUGCAAUGGACUAGUCAUGGUGGUCGUCUUUGCCUCACCUGGCUAUCUGUCCCCUGUCAAGUUUGUCAUUGGUGCCCUUGCUGGAGCCAACAUGCUGACAGGCACGUACUGUGCCAUUCUGGCUUUCAUGGAUGCCAUCACUUUCGGUCAUUUUGCAGAAUACGGGGCUCGGUGGGAGACAGGUGCAGGGUGCCAGGUGACUGGGUUCCUCUCAGUGUUUGCUUCAGAGGCUUCGAUUCUUCUCUUGACCUUGGCUGCUGUGCAGUGCAGCCUUUCCGUGUCAUGCAUGAGGGCAUAUGGGAAGGUCCCAUCUUUUGGCAUGAUCAAGGCAGGUGCCCUGAGUUGCUUGGCGCUCUCUUCAGUGGCUGCAGCACUGCCUCUCUUCUCUGUCAGGGAGUAUGGUGCAUCCCCUCUUUGCCUACCCUACCCACUCCCAGAUGGGAAGCCUUCCAUGCUGGGAUACAUGGUGGCCCUAGUGCUGGCGAACACCUUCUGCUUCCUCAUUAUCACUGGGACAUACAUCCGCCUCUAUUGCAACCUGCUGAAAGGUGAGUUUGACUCUGUCUGGGACUGUGCUAUGAUCAAGCAUGUUGCAUGGCUCAUCUUUAUCAACUGCCUCCUCUAUUGCCCAGUGGCCUUCCUGACCUUCUCUUCCAUGCUCAGUCUCUUCCUCAUCACCCCUGAAGUCAUCAAGUCUGUGCUGUUGGUGGUACUUCCCUUACCUGCCUGCCUCAACCCCCUGCUUUAUCUGCUCUUCAACCCCCAUUUCAGAGAUGACCUGAGACUCCUGAGGCAGAAGAGCCAGGCCCAGGAAAGCUGCACCCAGUCUUAUGUGUCCGAGGACACAGAGAAGAGCUCAUAUGACUCCACUCAGGCUCUUGUUGCUUUCUCUGACAUGGAUCACAUAUUUGAGGCACCAGACCUCUUUGGAGUGCCUCCUAGGUGCUCAUCAGUUCUUGAUGCCUACAGCUUCCCCUCGGUGACUCUCAUUCCAUGCCAAAAAAAGGCAGGUGCCAGAGGACAUGACAGUGUCUUCUCCACCCACCUUUCCUGCCUUGCUGAUGAUGAGCUUCUCAUUGCAUCGGAAAGCAGAGACCAAGCAAGGAACAGCCUCCAUAUUGCCUUCUUCCCCACGCCACCUGCACCAGCCUUUACAUCUCACUUGUAA